CUCGCUCUCCCGGGCGGCCUCAGCGGCGGAAGUGGCGCUACUGGGAGAUCCCCUUCCGCUCGGAGGCGUUGCCGGGGCCGCGGAGCCGGACUACGGCGGGGGCAGGAAGAGCUGGGGCGAUGGCUGACACGGAGCAGCCCUGCUGCUGACGCCUGCAUCCCCGCCUGAGGUGGGGCCCAUCAGGAUGAACAAACUGUCUGGGGAUUUGGAGCGCAGCCUGCCAGCUGUGGCGUCCCUCAGCUCCUCACUGCCCCCCAGCCAGGACCUCUCCUCUCACUUCCUCCUGCCACCUCCUGAGAAGCACCGGGCCAUCUCUGAUGUCCGCCGUACCUUUUGUCUCUUUGUCACCUUUGACCUGCUCUUCAUCUCUCUGCUCUGGAUCAUUGAGCUGAAUACUAACACAGGCAUCCAGAAGAACCUGGAGCAGGAGAUCAUCCACUACAACUUUAAGACCUCCUUCUUUGACAUCUUUGUCCUGGCUUUCUUCCGCUUCUCGGGACUGCUUCUGGGAUACGCUGUGCUGCGGCUCCGGCACUGGUGGGUGAUUGCGGUCACCACACUGGUGUCCAGUGCAUUCCUCAUUGUCAAGGUCACCCUCUCGGAGCUGCUCAGCAAAGGGGCAUUCGGCUACCUGCUCCCCAUCGUCUCCUUUGUCCUUGCCUGGUUGGAGACCUGGUUCCUUGACUUCAAAGUCCUACCCCAGGAGGCCGAGGAGGAGCGAUGGUAUCUUGCUGCCCAGGCUGCUGUCGCUCGUGGACCUCUACUCUUCUCUGGCUCUCUGUCUGAGGGCCAGUUCUAUUCACCCCCGGAAUCCUUUGCAGGGUCUGACAAUGAAUCAGAGGAGGAAGUCAUUGGAAAGAAAGGCUUCUCUGUGCAGGAACGGGAGUACAUCCACCAGGGGAAGGAGGCCAUGGCAGUGGUGGACCAGAUCUUGGCCCAAGAGGAGAACUGGAAGUUUGAGAAGAAUAAUGAAUAUGGGGAUACUGUGUACACCAUCGAGGUUCCCUUUCAUGGCAAAACAUUCAUCCUGAAGACCUUCCUGCCCUGCCCUGCAGAGCUGGUAUACCAGGAAGUGAUCCUGCAGCCUGAGAGGAUGGUGCUGUGGAACAAGACGGUGACCGCAUGCCAGAUCCUGCAGCGAGUAGAAGACAACACGCUCAUCUCCUACGAUGUGUCUGCAGGGGCCGCGGGUGGUGUGGUCUCCCCCAGGGACUUCGUGAAUGUCCGACGCAUCGAGCGGCGCAGAGACCGAUACCUGUCAUCAGGGAUAGCUACCACCCACUGCAGCAAGCCCCCAACGCACAAAUACGUCCGUGCAAGAUGGGCCGAAAAAAGGGGGUGGAGGUGGUCAGAGGCCUUGCCUGCUUCCAGUCCCCUCCAGUGGAGCCUUUCUCUUAGGGGAGAGAACGGUCCUGGGGGCUUCAUCGUGCUCAAGUCAGCCAGUAACCCCCGAGUCUGUACCUUCAUCUGGAUCCUUAAUACCGAUCUCAAGGGCCGCCUACCCCGGUACCUCAUCCACCAGAGCCUGGCAGCCACCAUGUUUGAAUUUGGCUUUCACCUGCGGCAGCGCAUCGGAGAGCUGGGGGCCCGGCUGUAACCACGCCCCUCGCUACCCUGCGGGCCAGGGUCAUGUCGCCACAGCCUCCAGAGCCGGAAAGGGGCCAGUGGGGCUUCCACUGCCUAAGAGGACCUGACCUCAAGUAGUGAGGCGGGAGAGGCUGCACCCACGGCAGCACCUUGGCUACUACCCUCCAGCAUGCCACGCCGUGGCCAGAGCCAUGGCUGCGAGUAGGUUGUGGGGUUGAGUAUCUGGACUCUGGGGCUCUGCCACUGAGGAAAGUGGGGACUUUCCAGCCAGUGUUUACGUGGUGUCUCUGCCCUCUUGGAGGGGGGACCCUCUGUCCCCUACCUAGCCAGGAACAGGGUCUGGAAUGGGAGCCUCCGAUUUGGCUGGGGAGGUCAGGGCUCUGGGCAGGAUAGUCAGGGCAGCCCUGUCACCAGCGUUAAAGUGCAGGAGCCCCUUCCCCUGCCUACUCUGUCAUCGUGGUUUUAAGGAUUAUUUAAAGGGUCUGGGACCUUUGUCCAUAUGCAGUUGUGGGGGAGGGGUGGCAGGUGAGGGUGGUGGGCGCUGGCAGUGAUCCUCUGCCUCUCCAGGUUCUCUCCCUCCCCCAGGGCCUCCUUGGGGACCUUUGUAAUUUGAGCCACUUAAUAAAAACAUGAACUAAAAAAAUAGCAA